AGAUAACUGUAUUUCUUUCAUAAUCUCGUCUUAAAAAUCCCCAAUCCUUUGAAUUCCUCUCUUUUCUCGCUUUCUUCUCUUCAUUUCUCAACGCGUUUGUCCAAAAAAUCCCCAAUUUCUAGGGUUUCAGUUCUUUCUUGCACGAUUAAUUCUCGAUCGAUCAAAGAUUGAAGGAUUCUGGUAGAUCAUCCUGUGUGUUGAGUGAUCAAGGUCUCUCUUUUGAUAAGCUUUGUGCGGGCUAGGGCUCAAAUUUUCUCGAUUUGGAGGAUGCAGAGCCAACUUGUGUGCAAUGGAUGUAGGAAUGUUCUUCUUUAUCCCAGGGGGGCCACUAACGUUUGUUGUGCAAUAUGCAAUACAAUUACCCCAGUACCUCCACCUGGAAUGGAGAUGGCUCAACUUGUGUGUGGAAACUGCCGAACGUUGUUGAUGUACACCCGAGGUGCAACGAGUGUUAGAUGUUCCUGCUGUAAUACGAUGAAUCUUGCUAGAUCAGGUGUUGCUCGUCUUUCUGUUCCCCCCUCAAUCUCCCAACCAAGUCGUAGCCGUUGCGAUGAAAUCCUCAACCAUGGAUGGGAAGUAGAGCUACUGGAGAAGUCUUCUUCAUUGGAUAGAGGUUGUCUUUGUCGAGAGGAGAUAAAGGUUUAUUUUGGGGAGGAGCCAGAUAGGGAGGAGCUAGGUUUAGUUUUGGAACUUCGUCUUCAUCGAAGGCAUGGAAGGCUUUUGUCUUAG